UUGACAGUUGGGGCAGUAAACGUAAACAACAACAAAACUCACCGGAUCUCACUGUAUCAUCAUGUAGCACUUUUCUAGCUUAAUUUAGAUACUUUCAACGAAUAAAUCUCACUCGAAAUAUAGCACAAUACUGCCAGUGUCGAAAGAGAAGCAUCAUGGAGUUGUUUAAAGGCUUCGUUUUGUGUUUAGUAAUCAGCGUAGGACCGAUUUACUCCUCCGACGAUGGGAUGUGUGUGGCCAGGGAACAAUGUACGGCACCGGAAGCAAAGCAAACCAACAACAAACUCUAUUCGGCAGAUUUCAACAAAUACUUCAGCGCCAUCGAAGCGUCCGUUGCAGCUUACGUUCCCUGCAACAGCACCAACUGCAACUGCCAUGCGGAUGUGCUAAAGGCGGACCUAAAACCGUUCAAAGCACAAGGCAUCACGCUCGAAGCGAUUAACCGCGCAAAGCAGUAUGGAACGCACUACCAGGUGGUCGACCACAGGCUGUACCGCCAGCGAGACUGCAUGUUCCCGGCACGGUGCUCGGGGGUGGAACAUUUCGUGAAGCCCUUACUGUCUCACCUGCCCAACAUGGAUCUGAUCGUGAAUUGCCGCGAUUGGCCCCAGAUCCAUCGGCACUGGAGCAAAGAAAAGAUGCCGGUACUUUCGUUCAGCAAAACGGUCGAUUAUCUCGACAUAAUGUACCCGGCGUGGGCGUUCUGGGAGGGUGGCCCAGCCAUAGCUCUCUACCCUACCGGCCUAGGCCGAUGGGAUUUGCAUCGCAAAAGUAUUACGAAAGCAAGCACCGAUUGGGGGACGAAAGAGUCGAAAGCAUUUUUCCGUGGUUCCCGCACUUCGGACGAGCGUGACGCACUGGUACUGCUGUCCCGCGCUCAGCCAUCGCUCGUCGAUGCACAGUACACAAAAAAUCAAGCCUGGAAAUCACCGCAAGAUACGCUGAACGCGGAACCGGCGCGGGAAGUAACGCUGGAAGAGCACUGCCGAUAUCGGUUUCUGUUUAACUUUCGCGGUGUGGCCGCUAGCUUUCGGUUUAAGCAUCUUUUCCUGUGCCGUUCGCUCGUGUUCCAUGUGGGAGACGAGUGGUUGGAGUUUUUCUACCCUUCCUUGAAGCCUUGGGUGCAUUACGUGCCCGUACCGGUACGCAGCAGCCCGGAAGAGCUGGAAGCAUUGAUACGGUUCUUCCAGGAGCAUGAUGAGAUGGCGCGUGAAAUUGCCGAGCGGGGGUACGAACAUAUUUGGAACAAUUUGCGUAUGGCGGAUGUGGAAUGCUACUGGAGAAAGUUACUGAAACGAUACGGGAAGCUAGUACGCUACACAGUCGAGCGUGAUGCUAGUUUAAUUGAGGUGUAGGUGUAUUGAAGUAUUUGAAGGUAUUAUAAUGUGGCAUUUAUUAGGAUUGAACAAAAAGACAAUCUCACCAAUUUAUAAGCACUGUUGGUGCGAUACAACUUGAAGAUUUCAUUGCAUAAGUUUCUCUUAAAAGCAGCGCAAUAAGCUACACAAUAAAGAAAAAAGGAGAAAAAUCAA